CACCUAGAUCCUGCCCUAUUUUCACAAAAAAGCACAAGCUUUUCUUCGGCUACGUUUAUGUGUGUGCCGGUGCUGUUAGUACCCGGCUGUGUAACUUGAUAGGGGGCAUCGAGAGGGAUAAGGGAAUGUUGAGUUGCAAUGGAGCAGAGUACGAUACAGUGGUUAGGUGCUCCCAGCUGCCUUCGAGGGUCCUUUGCCUUUUAUAAGUCAGUGGGUUGCAAGCAAGCGUCUGGGGGUCCAACGCAGGUUUGGAAACUUGGGGAGUUCUACUUCAUGCGCUGUGGCCCCCAGGAGCCGGUGUGUAUAGCAGAGGUCACAUUGCUGUGGGAAGAUCAGACGCAACGCCGCCUGCUGGCCAGUUCUAGACUCUACUUCUUACCUGAGGACACCCCGAAGGGCAGAGCAGUGGAGCAUGGAGAGGAUGAAGUCCUCGCUGUAUCAAAAAAGAUUGUGGUCAGAGUGGAGGAUCUGGUGAAGUGGACUUGUCAGGAACCACCGCAGUGGAAGCGCAGCAGUCAAAACAUUCACGAGUCUCAGAAGUCUGAUGGGUCACAAGAUGCUAGUUAUCCACAGGAAGGAAAAACGAAGAGUGAGGAUGAGCCUCCAGUAUUACAGCAGAAGGUUAAAAUUCUCAGUUACCCCCAGUACUGCCGCUUUCGAUCCCUUCAAAGACGUGUCUCAGAUCAGGCUAGCUCCCCUAGUCUGCAGGACCCUCACCUGCUGGCUCUAGGGGGGAUAAAAGUGGCCCUUCACAACACACGAGUCCUCUACUGCCGGGAUACUUUCAACCACCCUACUCUAGACAGCAAUGCUAGCAUUCUGACACAGCUUGGAUGCUCCUCUCUUAGUCUGAAAGGGCGACCUCGUAAAAGAAAGGGCAGGGAUGGCAAAGACGGUGAUCAACAAAACCAUAACCAUUUGUCUGAGUCAUGGAUGGAAAGGAUGAAGGAGAAUGUGAUGGGCAGUGUGGAGAUGCAUUGGGAUGGGAACUGGCUUCCACAUCCAGAGGAGCAGCUCUUCCUGGAUCAGCUGUAUUUCUUUAUGGAGCGCCGGGGUUCCCCUAUAAGCAAAGUUCCCAACCUAGGUUUCAAAAAGAUUGACCUUUUCCUCAUGUAUUCAGUUGUAAAAAGACUAGGGGGCUAUGAGAGGGUGACAUCGCAUCGUUUGUGGAAGACCGUGUAUAAUGAGUUGGGUGGAAGCCCAGGCAGCACCAGCGCUGCCACCUGCACCAGAAGGCAUUAUGAAAGGCUGAUGCUCCCUUAUGAACUGCAUGUAAGGGGAGAAAACACAGAACUUGGCAAGCCUAGAGCUACAUUUGUCUCACCCACUACCAUCAAAAAGACUGUGCGGGGCAGAGGCGUGUCAAACACCCCAAAAAAGAAUGCAGUUACCAACCAGACCUCACCACCAGAUGGUGCUGUUGUUGUACGCAAAAGAGGAAGACCGCCUGGAAAACGCAAUGCCAAAGUUCUGGCCAGAGGCAGAGUUGGAAGACCGCCCUUGCACCCCAAACCUCCCUUAGAGAAACCAGCAAGACCCCAUCAAGAGAUUGUCCAGCCGAUGACUAUUUUUCAAGAACUGAAGCUCACCAAGCAUCCUCAUGGCCAAGGUCUGUCGCUCGUAUCCUCUACACCAGUGCCCCACCAACCUGUGCUGGGGCGAGAUGUGAAGAUGGAGACUGUAGAACCUCAAGCUCCUUCUUUUCUGUCAGUUCCUUGCAAAUUAAUAGCAGGUGGUUCACUAGAAGGAUUCAGUCCUACUAAAGGACUUUGUCCUUUGGAUCUCUUCCGAGCCCGACUAGGUCUUAAUGGAGCGAGUACUCAUGAGGUAACUCCUCAAGAUUCUUCCACGCCCCACCAGACAAUUAUGGUGCAUCAGCCCAAAGUCAGUACGCCUGAGACUCCUGAGAGUCCCCAGCACCAGUGUUCAGGGUGUAGUUCGGAUGCCUCGUUGCAGAACGGAGGACUCGCCGUGACUAGAGCUCCCCUGCCCCCUCUUAGGAUCCUCCCGCUGGACAUCGGCUGCAGUCUGCAGUUGCGUCAACUGAUGCGCACCCGUCUUGGCUCGACACACAUGAACACCUUCACCAAGCGACUUUCUGAAGUUCUGGCUCAGGAUCUAAGCAAGGCCUCCCAACCCAAUGGAAGUAUUCCUCAAGACCAAUCGCUCCCGCUGAACCUGAGCAAGCGAGCCAUUACCAAAAGGUCUGCUGGAGACGUGGAGCUUGUGGAACUUGCAGAACUGCAGAGUCGGGAUGACCAGUUAUUGACCAAAAGGCCAAAGAUGGAAGGCGAGGAUCUCGGAGGAUCUCUGAAGUGGAAUGGCACGUCCCUUCUGGUGCCUUUGAACCAAGAUGAGCCAGCUGAUCUUAGCUCUCCCAGCAGGGCCAGAGCUUUAGUUCAGGACAGGACCAAUGUGGCUUUGACUCUUCCUGAGGCUACUUGUUUCUCCUUAGUGCCCCACUUGGAUGUCCCACCUGAAAAGCCCUCCAGUAUUGGUGCUUCCCCGGACACUCUACCUUGUAUUUAUCAUCUGAAACAAGGGGAAGACAAGACCAGCACAAUCUCAGUGACAGUUAAGAAAGAACCAGAGAGCGCAUCUCUGGAUCCAGAUCUAGAACCUCAACCAAACAGUGACCUCUACUCGCAGUGUGUACCUACUGAUGACAUCAAAGAGUCGGACGCAGUUUCCUCUCUCAAAGUACUUUCUAGUUCCCUCAUUUCGAAGCCAUCAAGCUGUUAGCAUACAGACUUGGGAGCGCUUGCUACUUUAUCACUCCUUUCUGCUCUGCCUUUCCCGUGGACACGUUUGUGUUGUGUAUGAUCAAAGAGACAGUUCUGCAGAUGCGUUGCUAUCUGCUAAGUACCUGCUUUUAAAACACUACUAAACUUUGAACUGAUGCAGGUGGCCAUGGUUCUACCAAAGAUAAGGUGCCUUGAACUUGAUUAGUCUAUAUUUUAGUACUUUUAAGUUGAAACAUAUGCUGUAGUUAGUGGAUCAUCAAAUGGCCAGCCAAUAAAGGACACAUGACUCGAUUGAAUUAAAUGACUCAUGGAGCAUUUGAUUUCUUUGAAACAUACAGGUAUUUAAGAAAAACAAGGACUCAGAAUCUGGGUCCAGUUACUGUUGGAUCCAGAUAUCAAACACAUAUUGUGACAUCAUUGCAGAAGAUUCGGUCAGCUACUGUAUUUUUUUUUUUUUCUUUCUUAAAUAUAAAUGCUUUGUUUAUAAAUUGUAAUUUGUUUUUAUUUUAUGAUGAAAGCAGUGUCAUUUUGUGGGUGUAGGUCAUAAUCGUUUAUUAUUUAUCUGUUUUACUCCUUUAUCUCAGUUCUUCUUCACUGUUCUUAGGCAGUGUGAUUUUCUCCUCUUUAUGUGUAUUUGUUAAACUUUGCUAUUUAAGAAAAGGCCUCCGUAUGACCUCUGUGCUGGAUUUUAUCAUUUUCCAUAGCUACUCGUUUUAAAACAAUGUACUGUAUUGUGCAAAUAGUAUGCAUAUUUUGGGUCCCAAUGCAAAUUUCCUUUUUUUUUCUAUCAUUUAAAAGUGUAUUUUAUUAACAUAUAGUCAUAUAUUGUAGGUAAUUACUAUUUGUGACAUCAUUUAUAGACAUCAUUGAUAUGUGUUUACAAAGAAACUUAUGUAGAGCCGCCUGUUGUGAGAAAAUGGAUAACUUAAUUUGCUUUUCACUCCUCCUUUUAGACUGACCUCUCUUAAUGCAAUGUAUUUCACAGGUUUACAGAUGACAAAUUAUAUUUUCAUAAUUUACACUCAGUUUGCUACAAUGAACAGUAAUUAAUUGCUUGUGUAAAACAUGUAUGAUCAUUCUUUAUUAAUCUGUUGGUCGUAUUUUUCUUUCAUUUAAUUUCUGUACUUGAAAGACAGCCAAACAGAACGCUAAUCCUUAUUUAAUGUUAAUGUAUAAACUGUUGUAAUACCACCAGGUUACAAUUUUUUUUCCUUAUUUUGCAUGCUUAUGCUAAUGGGACAUGGACUCUGUGACAGAUCGUCAUUGCAGACAUGUUUAAACACUGAAUAUUUAUAAUAAAAAAAUA